UCGGCAAGAACAAGAAGCUUUAAGAAAUGUUGUGAAGUUCAAAAGGUGGGAUGUGCUAAAACAUUAAUUCUAGAUGUGCCUACUAGGUGGAAUUCCACCUACGCGAUGUUGAACACGGCACAAAAUUUUGAGAAGGCAUUUGAUAGGUUUGAUUUUUUUGAUGAGAAUUUUAAAACUUAUCUUGCUACUCAUGUUUGUGAAGAUGGAAGUGUCGCAGGUACGCUUGAAUGUGAUGAUUGGGUGAAUGUAAGGAAUGUGAUAAAGUUUCUUGAAAGAUUUUACGAGCUCACCGUAAAGGCUUCAGGUUCACAUUAUGUUACUUCUAAUGUUCAUUUUGAGGACAUAUGUGAGCUUGAUGCACAUUUGAAAGCGUGUGUAGCAACUGAAGAUCUUAGUUUGAGUAACAUGGCUGAGCGGAUGAGAGAAAAGUUUAGGAAGUAUUGGGGUGAUCCUGAAAAGAUGAACAAAAUGAUUUUUAUUUCUUCCGUAUUGGAUCCUCGCAAUAAGUUUGUGUAUGUUAGCUUUGCACUUGAAGAGCUAUUUGGGGAGGAAGUUGGAAAGAAAGUAAGCGAAGGAGUGUACGAUUAUAUGAAAUCUUUGUUUGGAGAGUAUCUAAAAAAUUAUUCAAGAGCAUCUCAUCAUCAAUUGUAUCCUUCUGUAUCUACUUCAUCUCAUGAUACAUCUGAUGUAACUUCUAGUUCCGGGUCCUCUUCAAGUGUGAAAUCAAAUGCUUUGAGAACUAAGCUUCACUUGAAGAAACAAAAGGAAGAUUAAGGAAGUGGGUGUGCUAAAUCCGAGUUGGAUAAAUACAUUGGUGAAGAACAAGAGCCAAUAGAUGAAAGUGAAACCGCUGUUGAGUUUAGUAUCUUAGGUUGGUGGAAAGUUAAUGCUCCUAGAUUUCCUGUUCUUUCAGAGUUGGCUUGUGAUGUGUUGGCUAUUCCGAUUUCUAGUGUGGCAUCGGAAUGUGCAUUUAGUACCGGUGGUCGUGUACUUGAUUCAUUUAGAAGUUCGUUGACUCCUAAAUGUGUGCAAUCUCUUAUUUGUGUUCAAGAUUGGCUUAGGAAAGAGACUAAAUCUGUUAGUGUGGAAGAAAGUUUGGAUCAUCUUGAGGAACUUGAACUUGACAUGGCAAAUAGUGGAAGAGAUCCUUGCAUUGUUGAUGUAUGAUUGCAAUUUGCUUCUUUGUUACUAGUGGUAAGUUCAAUACUUUAUUUUGUAGUUUUGUUCUUUUAUCUUGAAAGUUAUAUUCUAACUUUUGGUUUUAUCUAUUUUUUGUUAUUUUCAAGUUCAAUCAUGCCUUCUAGAGCUCGCUCACAAGUUUGGGAACAUUUUGUGAUGGUUCAAGACAAUGAAGAAGGGCGUAAAGCUAGGUGCUUAACAUGCGGUGCGAUACUUAAUUGUCAUAGAGCAAAUGGCACAUCUAGCUUAAUGAAGCAUAUUGAGAGAUGUCUUGAAGAUAGGCGGAUUCACCUUCAACUUUAAGCUUAUGUUUUGAAUUUGGUGAAUUUCGGACUUAAUUAUGAUUGUUAUGUGAGACGAUGGAUUUAACACUUAGUGUUACAACUUAUGUUUUGUAUUUGGAGCUAAAAUUUAGGACAUUUAUGUUGUUUGGC